AUGCCUGAUCGCUGGGCAAUUCUGAUCGGCAUCAACGGGUACGCCACGAAGCCAUUGAGGGGCUGCGUAAACGAUGUCAACUUGAUGAAGGCGUAUCUCGAAGCCAACUCAAGCCCAGUCAAGGUGACAGCGCUUACAGCGACUCCGGCCACAGACCCAGGAAGCUCACCACUGCAAGAGGAACGCGAUCUAUGGCCGACGCUAUCGAAUCUCAGACGCUGUGUGGACCAGAUCCUAGCCGUCGCUGUGCCCGGGAAUUUCGUGUACAUUCACUUCUCCGGGCAUGGAACUCGGUUUCCACGGCCGCCUCGACUAAAGUACGGAAAGAAAAGUGGCGGCGACGUGGGCCUGCUUUUUCUCAAUGACUCUGCAACUGCGUGCGAUGAACUGCGAGGCCUGGCGUUGGCAAAUACAUUGAAGCGAAUGACCGACCGCGGCCUUGUCGUGACGUUGACACUUGACUGCUGUUUUUCAGGUGAUGUAUACCGUCAACACGAGCAUGCUGGUGGUAGCAUUCGAAGCAUGGAGCAUGAAUCUGCGGUUGAUAUCCCAGAUGAUCCAGAGAUCAAUGGUUCUGGGGAAAACCGCCAGCAUUACGGCCUGCGAGAUGCACGACCGUUGCCCAAUUGGUUGGUGAACCCUGAAGGAUACCUCGUCAUCACUGCCUGUGGCCCUCAUGAAGUAGCCGGGGAGGUUACCUUGAACGGACUAUCGCAUGGCGUGUUGUCCUAUCACUUGCAUGAUAUCCUCACUUCUCUUUUGGCCCGAGCAUCUCAAGUCUCCGUGCAGACUAUAUAUAAUGCCCUCGUGAGCAUGGUCCAUCAAAGGAUGGCAAAACAAACCCCGAUGCUGUAUGGAAGCAAUGGCGCUUUCUUUUUCGGUGAAGUCCUACAUGGGGGCCAUGUUACAAGCAUCUCGGCCACGUACAGCAAUCAACAGCUUGUCUUGGAGGCGGGACACGCACACGGGGUCAAUUUGGGUGACGAAUAUAUCCUAUCUCCUUUCUGGACUGGUGAGAACGUGAAUGGCUCUGUGCAAGACGAGACACUCAGGGCUAGGGUCAUGUUUGUUGGCCUGAUCACUUCAAUCGUCGAAUUGCUUGAUAUCUCCGUGUCAACCGCAACGGCCAGCCAUUGGAAGGCCCAAUUGGUCUCGCGGCAGGCUUCGACUCUGGUUGGCCUGAUGCGUUCCAUCAGCAGGCCCUCUGAGCUUGUCACUGCUCUACAGCAGCUGCCCUCUAUUUGUGUCUCAGACAGCCCUCGCACGAGUGCCGACCGGUGCGGGCUUUAUAUACAAUUUGGCAUGAACAGAGGGUAUGAGCUCCUCGAUGUCGAUCAAAAAGCCCUUCCUCUGCCCCCUAUCCAGCAAUGGGACCCUUUGAUUAAAGCAGUUGAUCAUAUCGCAACAUUCUCAUACUACAAAGCAAUUGAGCCACCCAGUCACGAUAGUGACUUCCAGUCACUGUUUGAUAUCAGCAUGCGCAAUGAACAAAACGCCAAAUAUAACAUGGAAGGUGUAGUCGACGUCGUUGAUCAAGAGGAGCUAACCCUAACGGUCAAGAAUCUAAGCCAAACUGUCACACUAUACGUGACAGUCCUGAACUUCACUCCCUCAUGGCAGAUCCAGUAUCUGUCCGGCGAGGAGGGGGGAACUUGUUUUGACGCUGUUUCCCCUGCGGACCCGGCUCUACACUUUACCGGAACAACAGAGAUGGCAUUUGCUAUGGCAGUACCGGAACAUCUGCGCACAUCAGGAUGCUGCGACGAUAUAAUCAGGAUUAUCGUCACAAAUACUCCGACCUCGUUCGACUCACUCCUUCUGCCCAAGCUUAGCAGUAUCCUGGAGCAGACUACGAGGGGAGGAAGUCAGGGGCUAGACUCAACAAAAUCAACAAAAGCCGUUCCCCAAAAUUUGCGUCAAUGUGAAGAAAAAGCGGCAAUGUUUACGGUCACCAUCCGUACACAUGUAUGA